ACCGCCCGUUCCCUCCCCCCCGGCGCGCUCGUUGGUUUCGCCCGGGCGGCCGGAGCGGGCGGCGAGCGGAGCGCGGCUCGGAGCGUACCACUGCGCGGCGGGGGAGGGGCGCGGGGCCGGCCCGGCGGGCGGGGCCGGAUGCAGGCAGCGCGGCGGGCGCUGUGGCCGGGCUGCGAGCGGCGAAGGAUGAAGGUGCUGGUGGCGGCGGCGGUGCUGGGCGCGGCGCUCCUGCUGCUGCUGCCCGCCGCCUCGCGGGCCGACGAGCGGAAGAAGGGCCCCAAGGUCACGGCCAAGGUGUUCUUUGAUCUGCGCAUCGGUGAAGAGGAUGUGGGCCGUGUUGUCAUUGGGCUCUUUGGCAAGACCGUGCCCAAGACAGUGGAUAACUUCGUUGCACUGGCCACCGGAGAGAAAGGGUUUGGGUUCAAGGGCAGCAAGUUCCACCGUGUCAUCAAGGACUUCAUGAUCCAGGGAGGAGAUUUCACCCGUGGAGACGGCACCGGAGGCAAGAGUAUCUAUGGGGACCGCUUCCCCGAUGAGAACUUCAAGCUGAAACACUACGGCCCUGGCUGGGUGAGCAUGGCCAACGCUGGCAAGGACACCAACGGUUCCCAGUUCUUCAUCACCACGGUGAAGACGCCGUGGCUGGACGGCAAGCACGUGGUGUUUGGCAAAGUGCUGGAAGGCAUGGACGUGGUGAGGAAGGUGGAGAGCACUAAGACAGACAGCCGGGACAAGCCCCUGAAGGAUGUCACCAUCGCUGACUGUGGCACCAUAGAGGUGGAGAAGCCAUUCGCCAUCGCCAAAGAAUAAGCCGCCAUCCUGGCUCAGCGAAACGGCAGGGCCCUGCGCCGCGGAGGCCCAGCCGCAAAGGGCUGCGGGCCUGGGGCUGCCCCACCCUCCUCCCCCAUGCGUUUCCCCGCCUCCCCGGCGUCGUCCCUGGGCAGGUGAGCAGCAGCCGAGCCGCUGUGCCCCACGCGCCCGCCUCCGCUGCCCAGGCCUCCUCCUUCACCCCUACCACAUUCCAGCUGGCCAGCGGGCAGGACGGGGCGCUGGCUCCUCUUCCCAUCACUUUUGUAAGAAGCACAUGCACCAAUAAAUGUGACCAAUGUGUUUUUUA